UAUCCAACCAAAAUUUUCCUUCUUCCUCCCUCCUCUCUUGCUCGAUCUCAUGGACAUGAACUUGCACAAGCACAGGCCAGAACACAUAGUUCUGGUUUCCAGCCCAGGCCUUGGCCAUCUAAUCCCUGUGAUCGAGCUUGGUAAACGCUUCGUCCUGUCCAACAAUUUCAAAGUCACUAUCCUUGCCGUCACUUCCAAUACUUCAGAAGCAGAAACCAAUAUUCUCAAAUCAGCCAUGACAUCCGAGCUCAUUGAUGUCGUUGAAAUCCCAUCAGCAAACAUCGACGGUGACGCUGGCAUGGUCACUCGCUUGUGCGUGAUGAUGCGUGAAGCACUGCCUGCCAUUAGAUCUGCACUUUCUGACAUGACCGUUCGUCCUUCUGUGCUCGUCGUCGACGUAUUCGGUACCGAGGCUUUGUCCAUAGCCCAGGAACUCAACAUGCCCAAAUACGUAUUUGUUGCUUCGCACGCUUGGUUUUUAUCGUUGGUCAUAUAUUCUCCUGCGUUGGACAAACAAGUGGAAGGACAGUACGUGGACCAAAAAGAACCCUUAAAAAUACCAGGUUGCAACUCGGUUCGUCCUGAAGAUGUGGUCGAACCCAUGCUGGACAGGAAUGUCAUCGAGUAUCAAGAAUAUCUAGGCGUAGCGAAUGGGAUCCCAAGAGGUGAUGGAAUACUGAUAAACACAUGGGAGGAGCUUCAGCACAAAGACCUUCAAGCACUGCGAGAUGGAGAUUUAUUGGGUCGGAUCCUGAAGGUUCCCGUUUAUAGUGUCGGACCUCUGGUGAGACAACACGUGUCAGAAACUAACCCAACUAGUGAGUUGGUGGUGCAGUGGCUUCAUAAACAACCGAGUGAGUCUGUGAUUUAUGUGUCGUUUGGAAGUGGAGGAACUCUGUCGUACGAGCAGAUGACCGAGUUGGCUUGUGGUUUGGAGUUGAGUCAACAAAGAUUUAUAUGGGUGAUGCGCCCUCCGACCGGAGGUGCUUCCGACGCUGCCUUCUUUACCACCGCGUGUAGCGGCGGCGGCGAUCAGUUGUCAAAUUACUUGCCGGAGGGGUUCAUAUCUCGGACACACAAAGUGGGCCUGUUGGUCCCACAUUGGGCCCCACAAGUAGACAUCUUGAGACAUCCCUCCGUCGGGGGAUUCUUGUCGCAUUGUGGGUGGAGUUCCACCUUAGAGAGCAUCACCAACGGUGUGCCCAUGAUCGUUUGGCCGCUCUAUGCGGAGCAGAGAAUGAAUGCCACAUUGUUGGCAGAGGAGUUGGGCGUGGCGGUGAGGCCCAAGGUGUUGCCCACAAAGAAAGUGGUGAACAGGGAAGAGAUAGCGAGUAUGGUGAGGCAGAUUAUGGUGGUGGACGAAAGCUUGAAGGAUAACCCCAUAAGGGAGAGAGUGAAACAGGUCAAACACAGUGCAAUGAAGGCUUUGUCGAAGGGUGGUUCAUCUUACGCUGCACUGUUUCAGUUAGCUGCUACAACAUGAAGACUGGACCGAGCUUAUGUAUUCGCACAUCAUGAUAAGAUAAUAUUAUUUUGUUUGGUAUUUGAUAUGAAUACGAUAGCGUUAGUCUGUACAAAGAGUAAAAUAUUCUUAUUACCAAAAUCAUUUUGCACAGGACGCGGCAGGUAAGGUAUCAUGUCUUAAAAGCACUGACAGACCUGUACUGGACGUGGUAGGUAAGGUAUCACGUCUUAGGAGCUCUGAUGACCGUGCCAAAAAAAUUGCACAGGACGCGGUAUCCACAUGCAGUAUCCAGUGGCUAGCCAC